AUGUUCAAAUUGUUAAUCUUUACGUGCUUCCUCGCUCUAGCCGCAGCCAAGCCCGGUGUGCUUUCAGUUGCCUACACCGCACCAGUAGCGGCGGCUUACACUGCACCCGUGGCUGCAGCCUACACUUCACCUCUUACCUACGCGACCUAUUCCGCCUACGCCGCGCCUGUAGCGGCUUACUCCCCUUACACAUACGCUGCGCCAUACUCUACGUACUCGUACUACUUACGUCGUUAA